UCAGGCAAAACAGCCCUAUCAAAUUUAUUAUCCGAAGUUACCAGCUUACAACAGGAGCCAAUUUAUAAAGCUACGAAAGGAUGUCGCAUAUUGGAGUUUGAAGUUCCCAAUCUCCAAGUUGAUGACAAAGUGACAAAAGUGGAUGUAGAAUUGUGGGACUGCAGUGGAGACACAAAAUAUUCAUCAUGCUGGCCUGCCAUGGCAAAUAACUGCCAAGGAAUACUACUUGUGUAUGAUUAUUCCAAUGUUAAUCCUAACGAACUCAAUUACUGGUAG